AUGGACAUAGCUUUACCAGAAUUUAGGAUUCGUGAUUCACCCCCUAGCUUAGCGUUAGAUAGCAAUUCAUUAUCGAUAAAAAAAAUUGACAUAUAUGGAGAUAAAUCGCAGAUAUCAUCAUUGCGAAAUCAUGAUCGUAAUCGAAUCAAAUUAAUAAGUCCCAAAAUUAACACUAGCGAUUCUUAUGGAAAUCAUGUUAACGACGACGUAGAGCCAGGCACGAUAAAAGAUCGAUCUGAAUCUUUUUGUAGUUCCCAAAAAACUUUGGUGAGCUCAGGUUCUGAAUUUCUCGAAAGCGAUAACCCUAUCAUGGAAAGUCCUGAUGAAAUGAGCGAUGAUGUGCAAAUAACCAAUAAUGCACAUAUAAAUGAUGAUGAACAAAAAGCAGAUCACUUGCAUAAAAAUUUACAAAGGAAUAAUGUUCAUCCUCUUCGAAAACCUACUUAUGAACUAAAUGCAUUGAUAAUUUUGGUUUCUAUUGGAUCAUAUAUUCUUGGUUAUUUGGGUUUCGCAUUUCUUUGGAUAAUUUUUGUGCUUUAUCAAUGUGUGAGUUGGUAUAUUAAUACGUUAGAGAAUGAUACCGAGAGCAUUAUUUGGAUGACUAAACGUGAAAUGUCUAUGGAAAAACUGAAAAGAGAUGAAGGUGAAACUGUAGAAUGGUUAAACUAUCUAUUACUACAAAUUUGGCGAACAUUUGAUCCAUCACUUUUGGUUGGUCUCCGAGAUAUGCUUGAAGAUGCAUUGUCACGUAGCGCUCCAUCUUUCGUGCGCGCAACGGAUAUCGAAGCAUUUGAACUCGGUUUAAUUGCCCCACGAAUUGAAAAUAUCAAAAUUUAUCCGCUAUCUGAAAGCGAAGAUAGCGAAGAUGUUUUGAUUGGUGAAUUAAGGCUUUCGUUCCGUGCGAGAUCUUCAAAAACGCUUCAAGAUCCUCCACCACCACACGUCCUCGCAUGGAUAAAAACCGGAAUUUCGGCAUUGAUCCCAAUUAGAGUUGAAUUAUUGGCCCUUACCGCAUCAAUUCACUUUGAAAUAAAGUUAACUGGAACUUCACCUUUUGUAUCAACUGCAAAAAUAAGUUUUCUGAAAAUACCAGAGUGCAAAACUAGCAUUAUGCCAUUAAUACCAGUGAACAUUGCACAAUUUCCUCUAAUCAAACAAUUCAUUGAUAAUGCUAUGCACUCAGUAUUAGAAGAUCUAACAUAUCCAAAAUUCAGAGAUAUUAAUUUGGCCGAGUUAUUAUCGACGGACCCGGUUAAUGACACACAGACAACUGGUAUAAUGAAGAUUGAUAUAUUUAGAGCAAAAAACUUGACAAAAGUUGAUGUACAUGGUGAAAAUGAUCCAUAUGUGUUAUCAUCACUAGAUCCACCUCCGUAUAUGCAUACUCCCAACACUACUCGCAUCAUCUAUAAUUGUGCAAAUCCUGAAUGGAAGGAAACUUUCUUUCAUAAAAUUCCGCAACUUGAUAUCGUUGAUGAACGUAUAAAAUUCAAGUUGAGCGUCAUGGAUUGGGAUAGAUUUACUUCUGAUGACCUUAUUGGAAAUGCAUGGGUUGAUAUUAAAAAUAAGAUUGGUGAUGGAACUAAAAGAGUUAAAAUUCAUGAUGGAUGGCAUAACCUUUAUCUUAAACCUAUGGAUUUAUUAUCUCGUGGACAAUUACAAUUUCGGUUAGAAUAUUUCCCAAAAUUGCCUAAAAACGUUGAACCAUCCCAUGAUCAAACUUCUGGAAUUCUCGGUCUCCAAAUCCAUCAGGGGAUGAGCUUGCAAGUUACAGCUGCACCAUAUGUUAAAGAAGCAUCCGGAAUAGUUUUGUCUGAUAAUGUUUACGAUGCAACAUAUCCAAAUCCUUAUUGCGUCGUAUAUGUGAAUGAUGCUAAAGAACAAUUUGUUAAAGAUUGGAAAACGGCGGUUGUUAGAGUUGUUGUUAAAGAUCAAAAAGAUCUGGAAUAUGAUCCGGUAAUUGGAAUGGCGACAAUUCUUUUAAAGGAACUUCUUGAACAUAAAGGAAAGCAAGGAGAAAAAUGGUAUCCAUUACGGCAUGGCGUUGGAUGCGGCAAAAUUCGACUAAGUUUCGUAUUCAGAAGCGUAGAGAUUAAUUUAUCGCCAGAAGAAAAAGGAUAUGAUGUGGGAACUUUACUAGUGCAUUCAAUUAUUGCUGAAGAUUUAAAUCCGAACAUAGCGUGCAAUCAUUUUUCCCUAACUCUUUCACUAUGUGGUUCUUUGGAAAAUGAUCAAUAUACAAUAACAUCUCAAGGUAAUCCACCGAGCUGGCUUAUUACUUCAAAUCGCGCAGAUCAAAAUAAGUUACAAUUUGGAGUAUUAAAACGUCAUAGAACCGGACUUGUAAUUACAUUGAAACAACGUGGCAUAUUUGGAGCGCACACUGUGGGCACUACUACCUUUUGGUUGAAAGAUAUGUGCGAUUGUAAAGAAUUCGAAGUUAAGUUACCAAUAUAUGCAAAGAAGUCUGAAACUAGUCUUAGUCUUAGACGGCAAGAUCAGACAGUAAAAGAACAACAAUUCAUGAGUAAUCAGACAAAUAAUGAAGAAGUUUCUCGUCCUCAACAUGAAACUUUUGAAGACAAUCAAUCGAAUGCAGCUGAAGGACCGUCCAAAGAAAUUAUUUCCAAUGAAUCACAACAACCACAUGAAACUAAUUCCGAUGAAUUAGAAAUCGGAAAAAUCAUUUACGACGAACCGCAAGAAUUAGGCACAUCCAAUGAAUUGAAUAAUAUUACACCAAAUGAAUUAUCACAACAGGGGCAUUGCUCAUCUUCAACAAAUGAUACAAAUAAACAAUGUAAAGGAUACCUUAAGGUUAAACUAUACUUCCGACCGGGUUUAUCAACAGCUCAUGAGGAAGAUAUUAAGAAAAGUUUGACAGGAGUAAACGCAAGUGUUUUAGAGCUUAAUCCAUUUCAAAAUAUUCAGAUUCGAAUAGAUGAUGAGACAGAAACAUUUGACAUUGAAGAACGAAGUGUGCCCGAUAAUAUAGAAAUGUAUGAAAGUGAGAUUGGAC